AUUAAAUCCGUUUUAUUGAAUGGAAAAGUCUGAAAGACGAUCAUUAGGAGGGACAAUCACAACAUUGAGAUCAUCUUAAGGUGCUGUAUUAGUGAACCAAGAUGGAUCAUAUGCAUAUAGUUGAAAUGAAUGUCUAUUUUAGUUUGUCCAAUGAAAAAUGAAUCAAUUAUAAAAAAUGAGAAGGUUAUUUAAGAGCCAUAAUAAAUAAUAUUACCAGUAUUUGGAGAUGAUGAAUUAGCAUUUUAUAUAAACCCUCAAGACUUGCCUGAUUUAGUUGAUGAAGUUUUAGAUACUUAUUUAACACAUUCAAGAGUGUUUCUGGUGUUUAUGUGUGUUCAGAUGAUUGUAGAAAUCAUUUUUGAUUCAAUGGUUUGGAUUAAUCAAGAAAGAAUUGAAAAACUUGUAAGUCUUUCAGAAUUUACAUAAGCUAGCUCUAAUAUAUAAUAAAGUACCUUUGGUUGAUAUUCAUCAAAUGAUAAUCUUAUGCUCUUGUAUCAAUAUUCUAUUCUAAUGCAUUUAUUAUGCAUCAGGAAUUACUGGUGCUUGGAGAAAGUCUUACAAAAUGCUUAAUGCCUUUGGAAAUUUAUCUAUUUUAGGAAUGUUUUUGUAAAUAUUUCUAUCUUACACUUAUCAGUAAUUCUAUAUAUUAAGUGAAUAGAUUUAAUAUAUUGGUAUUUGCAUUCAGAGUUUUAUCUUGUAUUUAUGCAAAGUUCCUUAGUCAUUUGAUCCUUAGUUUGAUCCUGUUACCUCAUUGAAAUUUAUGAUUAAUAUAGCA